AUGACCAAUGGAUACUCAUCUUCAAGUGACGAAGAGGGCGGAGGAUUCAGUCCAAACUCUCCACAACACAGAUUCCAUAUCCAGCUACCCCAACAACAACUUGAUCUACACAAGGUGAGGAAACAAAACCAAAAAAAGGAUAAUGCCAAAAUCACCAAAGCAACAUCCAAUUUUGCCAAAGCCACCAAACUCAACCCAAAAAAGAAAGGCGGCAAGUUUGCCGAUUCAUAUAGCCCCAGGGAUCCAAGAUUCUCCAUGCACUCAUCGCAACGAUCAUCCUUUGAUGGCACUGGCAUUGGAGCUGGCACCGGCACCGGAAAUGGUUCAUCGGAAGAUAGCGACUCUGACGAUUUUACACCCGGAGAAGGAAUGUCGAGCGAUCGUCAAAACCAAAACCUCCCACAUUUCCAAUUUAAUGCUGAUGAGAUUAGAAAGAACCAAUUACAAAACAAGGACAACAAUGACGAUGACGAUGAAGAAGAAGAAGAUGAUGAUGAAGGAGAGUUUCAAGACCAAACACAUGCAGAUUUCUCAAACUUGAACCCACCAGAACAUUUUUAUCACACUGAUUCCAGCGAUGAUGAAAACGACGAUGAAGAAGGGGAAAAUGAACAUGAAAAUUACGAGAAUGCCAAAAAUAAAAUGGAGACCAAAUCCAUAGACAGAACAAGGUCACGCUCAUCUAGAAAAUCAGCCACAUCGAGCAGUAACAGUAACAGUAACAGCAGCUUGGCAGAUGUAGUGCCACCAUUGAGGAAACCGUCAUUCAAUUCUCGUGCAUCAAUCGAUACAGAGAGGAGUAGAGGCAAUUCUGGCAACAGUGGUGGAGGAAUCAAAGGCAUAUUGAGAAAAAUGUCACUUGCUGACAGGUUUCCUUCGGAAGAACACGAUAUCAGUCAUAGCGACACCUUUUUGGGACGAGUGUUCAACAUUGGAAAUACUGGUAUCAGUGGCGGUGGUUUGGCACCCGGUGCCUCAAGAAAAUCUAACGAGUCUCCUGAAGCAAUGGACGAAGAGAAGAAGGUUGGGUUUGCUGAGAAGGAGAAUGAUCGAGAUGCAAUUGAGAUGAAACCAAUUGCCAAUUUCGAUGACUUGAGCGAAGAGGCAAAGGCAUUGAUUGGCCAACACUUACCACCAGGGGUAUUACAUUCAAAUACAACGAGUGCAGAAAAUAGUGCCAAUGUUACACCUAGUAUGAGUCCUAGUCAGCAACAUUUGCUCAAUGAAAAAGAUUCAAAUAACAGAAACAGACAAGGAGGAGGUGGUGAUUUAGACGAGCAAGAAGGAAGAGAAGAUGAAUUGGAUGACGCCGAGAAGCAACGUAGAUCGGAAGAGAGGAAAAAGGCAGAAAAUCCAUUUUACGCACCUAACCCCGAUGUUUUUCUUCGUGGCCAUGAAGACUCACACGAAAACUUUGAAAAUGGCAAUGAUUUCCUUCAAGAUUUAGAUGGCGACUACAUAGCACGUCCAAAACAAGUUCAAGCAGGUGUAUUGUCGUCUUUGCUCAGACUAUACCAAAACCCCAAUGAAGGGAAAUCAACAAGCUCGUUGACUCCCACACCAAGUGCUGGCACAGGUGCUGAAAGUGCAUACGCCUCGUCUGAUGAAGGCAGCUACUAUGAUCACCAAAAUCAAAAAGCAACCCUGCAUUUCGACAUCACCAAGCUUGGUUCAGGAGUAAAAUCUGGUUUCAGAAAAGGUAUGAAGAAAGCAGAGUCUGGAGUUAAUAUGGGCUACCGUGGUGUCCAAGAUGCACCAAAUUUACCAAAGAACAUGUACGACCGAGCUGCAAAUAGGUUGAGAAAGAAGGAAAAUACCAACCCAGAGUUUGACAAGCCACUUCCCGAUGAUGAUAGCGAUGCUUCAGAUGGUAAUGAAAAGUACGGCGAUGGUGCCGGUGGUGGUGGCGGUGAUGGCGGUAAUGACAAUGGAGGAGACGGUCAUCUUCCAUCAUUUCAAAACGCUAGACCAAAGAUGCCAAAGAAGAAAACGAGUGAAGCCACGGGCAAAAUGAAGAAGAAACUUAGGAAUAAACAGCGUGCAGAAAGAUUGAGAAUUACCGUGCAUAUUGCAGAUAUCCUUCAACGUCAACGUUUUAUAAUGAAUAUGUGUCGUGCAUUGAUGAUGUUUGGUGCACCAACGCAUAGGUUGGAAGAGUAUAUGAUUAUGACAAGUCGAGUUUUGGAAAUCGAUGGACAAUUUAUGUACUUUCCUGGAUGUAUGUUGGUUUCAUUUGGUGAUGCAGCAACACGUACCUCCGAAGUUCAUCUUGUUCGUUGUGCUCAAGGUUUAAACUUGGGUAAAUUGACAGAUACGCACAAGAUUUACAAGGCAGUGAUUCAUGAUUUGAUUGGUGUAGAAGAAGCGCUGAAGAAACUUGAUGAAUUAUUGAAACUUCCUAAUAAGUUCCCACCAUGGUUAUGUGUUCUCUUUUAUGGAUUGGGAUCACUAGCAGUUACACCAUUUGCUUUUGAAGGUGGAUGGAUUGAUCUUCCAAUUUCAUUUGGUGUUGGAUUAUGUGUUGGAUACUUGCAGUUUUAUGUCAGUUCCAUGUCCAACUUGUACUCGAGUGUUUUCGAAGUCUCGGCGGCAAUUGUUGUUGCAUUUAUUGCUAGAGGCAUUGGUUCAAUCCGUUCUGGAAAUUUGUUUUGCUUUAGUGCAAUUACUCAAGGAUCACUAGCGCUAAUUUUACCGGGUUACAUUAUUCUUUGUGGAUCUCUUGAACUUCAAUCGAGAAACUUGGUUGCAGGAUCAGUGCGUAUGUUUUAUGCAGUUAUCUACUCGCUUUUCCUUGGAUUUGGUAUUACACUUGGUGCUGCAUUGUACGGAUGGGUUGACCAUAAUGCGACUUCGCAAAAUUCGUGUCAAGCCGGCCAUGCAAUGGAUGACAAGUUUAGAAUUCUUUUUGUGCCUAUGUUUGCCCUUAUGCUUGGUUUGAUCAAUCAGGCGAAAUUUAGACAAUUGCCGAUAAUGAUUGUAAUUGCCAGUACUGGUUAUGUUGGUACUUAUUUUGCAGGUAAGCAUUUUUCCAAAGUGACAGAGUUCACUGCGUGUAUUGGUGCUUUUAUUGUUGGUAUUUUGGGUAAUUUGUAUUCGCGUAUAUGGAAAGGUAUGGCAGUUUCAGCAAUGUUGCCAGCAAUCUUUGUGCAAGUUCCAUCUGGUAUUGCAUCCAAAAGUACAUUGAUUUCAGGUUUGCAACAGGCAGACACGAUUACUAAUAAGAAUGGUACAACGACCACGACCACCUCAGACAGUGAAACAUCGAGUUUGAGUUUUGGUGCCACAAUGGUGGAAGUCUCAAUUGGUAUUAGUGUUGGAUUAUUUGCUGCAGCAUUAGUUGUUUAUCCAUUUGGUAAAAAGAGAACAGGUUUGUUUACCUUGUAA